AUGCCUAUUGAGGUAACUCGCAUGACAGAGGCCGAUAUAGACGGCGCAAUAGACACAAUCCAGCAAGCCUUCGCAGAUGACCCAUACAACAGAUGGGUAUAUCCUGAUCGCUCAAAGAUCUCACUAACCCGCAACCGCGUCUCUCUUACUCUCCGCUGCCAUUGGGGCAUCCGUCAUGGCCUCUUCCAUGUCGCGCGCGACCCCACCUCCUCCACGCCUACCAAAGUUCUCGGAUGCGCAAUGUGGCUCCCACCGCACCCUCCUUCCGAGCCCGAAUCUUGGCCGCUCUACCUUUCCUCCUGGACUCUCUGGCUUUCGCAAAUCCGGAUGAACCUAUGGUACGGCCGUGGUGGGUUAAGCACAACGCGAUACUGGAUAUGGAAGGCGCGGCAGGCAGAAGCGCAAAAGGAGCUUUGGACGAGCGAGAAGGGAUACUAUUUCUGUAAUAUCGUUACGGUGCUCCCAAAGUGUCAGGGAAAGGGCGUGGGGAGAAAGUUGAUAGAGGAGGUGCUGGGUAUGGCAGAUAGGGAAGGAAUCAGCUGUUAUUUGGAAAGCAGUAGGAAGGAGCCGAAUGUGGAGAUUUAUGAGAAAUUUGGAUUCAGGCUUGUGAGGGAGAUGGAGUGUAGAGAUGGGGAAGGGGAGCAAGAUGCGAUUAAGCUCUAUUGUAUGGUGAGGGAUCCUCAGGGUGGCGGUGACGGGAAUAUAAAGAAGACGCAGAGUAUAGAUGACACUGUUGGCGCAACAUCCGAGAUUGCCUCAUGA